UUUUGUUUCUCUACUGAGACCCCGUCUCCCUCUCUCCUUCCAUCUCUGUCUUUCUCCCUCCUUCUCAUUCAUUCUUCUCUCUCUCUCUCUCUCUCUCUCUGUCUCUCUCGUGAUUCCCACUCUUACUUAAAGCGGUUAUUCAGAAACUGUAUUUCUUGUGUGCGCUUUUCAAGAGGAUGGAUAGAUCUGUGUUUCUUAGAGAAUUGUGUGUUAUUCGAGGAAAGAGGAUCCAUUCGUACUUACGAAGAGGAGAGGUUUCAUUUAAACUGACAUCGAGAUAAAUUGGCUGUUGAACUCAUUUACUGUUCUCACCAUUUCCCAGCACUACCUUACACUUUGAACACAUCCAGCCGUGACAUCCAUCAGAACACCGUGUUCCUAGCCUACACCCUGAUCACUGUCAUCACUAGAAUGUGCUCUUAAACUAAGGGAGACUAUUCAAGUUGACGGAAACACUUCGACCACUUUUUGAUCUGUCGCUUGUCUCCCUUAAAGAUGAUGGUUAGAUCUGCGUGGCGCCGUGAGGACCAAGAACCGUAAGCAUGUCCAGAACAGAAGUCAUCAUGGAAGAUAAAAACCAUAAGCAUGUCCAGAACGGAAGUUGUCGAGACAUCAAUAUUGCAGUUCUUGGCGGGAAAGGAGUAGGCAAAUCAGCUAUCAUAGUCAGAUAUCUUACCGGCAGGUUUAUUGGAGACUACGACCCUGAAAUGGAGGCCAUCUUCAGCACCAAUAUUCCAAUAGAUGGUAAACACUACACAAUCAAUAUAAUGGACACUACAUCGUAUUUUUCUGGGCACGAUCUCAAGGAGGAUCCCAUCUUUUGGGCUGAUGCUUUCAUGUUGGUCUUCUCCCUGAUAGACCUUGCCAGUUACCGGACAGUCCAGGAACUUGUGGAGACACUUCGCAUGGCCAGAGAUGACGAGGGAGUGCCCAUCCUGGCUGCCGCCAAUAAAAGUGACCUGGUCCACUUGUGGACGAUGAGCUCAGUGGAGUGUGAAGCCUGGUGUAGUGGACAGCAGUGUUUGUUUGCUGAGAUUUCCGCCAGUGAAGAUCCAGAAUCUAUCCACAAGGCUUUCGAACUUCUGUGUAAAAGAGUUCGCGCUGUCCACAAAAAGCGGGAAAAGCUGUCCUGGACUCUGCAGCGGCCCGCGGUGGCAGCCAAGCUUCAGAUCAGACAGUCGCUGAAAAAUCUGGCCGAGAAGAAGUUAUGGCGGACCAGGACCUCCACCAUGUGAUCGCUGUCCUGGUUACCUGUCAUGGAUGGACAAUUCUGACUAAUUAAUCACGCAUGCGUUGUGACCUCAUCAAGGUUUUGUUCUUGCGUGGUAUUCAGCUAAGUUGGAUCUACAUAUUACACUCAAGAUAAUUAGGAAUUACAGGACGACGUGUAAUUUGGUUGCCAAUAGCAACAAUACCAGCAAUAAGCCCAUUACGUAGCUCUAGAUCAGCGGUUCUCAACCUUUUAAGCUCGGCCACCCCUUUUUACAAUUCCCCAUUCUGCCGCGACCCCCCCCCUCCCCCCACACACACACAGCAAUAGAAGAAUAGACAAUAACAAUCCAUAUUUUCGAUGGUCUUAGGCGACCCCUGGCGAAUCGUCAAUCAACCGCCAAGGGGGUCGCGACCCACAGGUUGAGAACCCCUGCUCUAGAUGUUUGUUUAAUGGCCUUUCUAGCGUUAAGCUGGUUCUUUGUAGCAUUAAACUGGAUAUUUCUAACGUUUAGAAGGUUCUUUCUAGCGCUGAGAUGGUUCUUUCUAUCUUUGAGCUGGUUUUUUCUAGCGUUAAGUUGGUUCUUUCUAGCUUUAAUCUGGUUCUUUCUAGCUUUAAUCUGGUUCUUUCUAGCUUUAAUCUGGUUCUUUCUAGCUUUAAUCUGGUUCUUUCUAGCUUUAAUCUGGUUCUUUCUAGCUUUAAUCUGGUUCUUUCUAGCUUUAAUCUGGUUCUUUCUAGCUUUAAUCUGGUUCUUUUAAGCGUUUAACUGGCUCUUUCUAGCGUUACGUUGGUAUUUUCUAGCGUUAAGCUGGUUCUUUCUGGUGUGAAGCUGGUUCUUUCUAGCGUGAAGCAGGUUGUUUCUAGCGUUAAGCUGGUUCUUUCUGGUGUGAAGCUGGUUCUUUCUAGGGUGAAGCUGGUUCUUUCUAGCGUGAAGCAGGUUCUUUCUAGCGUUGAGCUGGUUCUUUCUAGCGUUUCGCAGCGCCAGUACGAGUUGACCAACGUGAAGUCGAGAUUGCCAAAAUGUUCUUUUGUUGCUAUUGUUGAUGUUGGCGACAAAACUAUAAUCAUUUCCGAGAGCUGUGUCUAUGGUGAAAUUACUCUACUAAGAGUUUACGAUGUAAAUCUAAUUUAAAUUGAUACCAACAAGGAAUACAAGUUAGGGAAACGUCGUGUCUUCAAACCAGGGGCGUAGCUAUGAAUUUGCCAUUAUUUGGGGGGGGGGGGGCUGUGAGCGUGACCUAUGUUGGCCCCCCUUCUUUUUGCGUAAUAUAAAUAUUUAAUGUAAAAAAAACAACACUCAUUUGGGAGCCCCACCUCAAGUUCUCCCACACCUUAUCUACGCCACUGCUUCAAACCUUGAAUAUUGUAUUACAUCGAAGGGAAUAGUCUGGCGCAAAGGAAAGGUACAAACACGUCUUUAUUCAAUAUCUUAUCUUAUUAUCUUAUAUAAUACAGACGUUACUUCAAAAAAAGAAGAUCUAUUACUAUUACCCUUUAAAUCUUGUCUUCUAGCGUUAGGUUUUCAAUCUACCGUCUAGUACAGUGGUUCUCAAUCGGUGGAUCGCGACCCACUUGGGGGUCGAAUGACGAUUAGUCAGGGGUCGCCUAAUACCAAAAGAAAUAAGGUGUUUUUUUUAAAGUGUAAAUCUUAAAAUGUUCACAUUUUGAUUUUGCUCAAAAAAAUAGCUUCAAUAGGUGUUGUAGAGAAAUGAAUCAAAAUGAUUUCUAACAUUUUAUUAUCAUUGAAUAAAUAGUUUAACUCUUUCUCUCCGUAAUUAUUUUUCCACGUUUUGGAGGAAUUCUUCAUUAGGGUCAUUACUAUUUCACUACCCCUGUUAUGAUUGGGCUUCAAUAGCUUUGUUGUUUGUUAUCAGAAAAUGUUGUAUUUGGUAUAGAAUUAAAGGGACAUGCAUGCUCUUUUUAUAUAAUUCAAAGUCAAGUUUAAAAAAUUUAAACAUUAAUUUAAUUUAAUGAGGUCAAAAUUUACGAAGGUAUCGUCGAUUAGGAGAGAAAGAGUUAACAAUUUAAAUCAUAGUGUUACGUUCUCUCCUAAUCAGGCGUUCUCUAAACACUGCUAAACACAACACAGCACAUCUAAUACAUCAAGAACCUGACAACAAGAACUCCAAAUAAUCUGGUGCUUUAAUAAUGGUCAAUUAAUACAGCCAAUAUGCAACUGGCAAUACCCCAGACUAAAAAUGCUACUGUCUCUUCCUGGACUCACUUCAGGACUCCAGGACCGACUUCAUGGCAGACUAAACAGUCCCAGUCUACUCGCUGUCCUGUCUUGAACUGCCCUGCCUUACACACACUGUGUCUCUGGUCCACGCAGGCUUAUGAUCAGAUGACCAUAACCCGGGUCCUACUCACGUGCAAAGUUCAUGCCAGUACUGUCCCUUGCCCUUCGAUAUAGCACACUAAACUGUCUUUCUGGCCUGUGUCACAAAUGUCAGCUGAUCACACGCAGUUAAACCUAUCGCGCCGCCAAUAGGGUUAUAACAAUAGCUAUUAUUUCUAUGGUAAAAUUCGCGCAUGUCGUUAGGUAAUUAAAAAGCAUCUUCGUUUAAAUGUAAUUGUUUCGCCAUUGUUUUAAAGUCCGUGUUUUUUUUUUUAAGGUAAUAUUUUCAUUAUGGAAAAACUCAGAGAAAGGAAUCUCGAACAAAGAAAGUUAAUAAAAGAAAUGUUAUUAUUUUUUAAUUUAGUUCCAAGCAGAAAUAUAUUAUAAACAAAUUUUAUAAUUUCAUAUUGUUUCGUAAUUAAACAAAAAACUUGCGUAAUGCUUAUCAGAGAUCUACAUUGUGAUUACACUUUUUAUAUUAUUAUCCAAAGCGCAGUUACUUUCGAAUAUUAUAGUUGGGGUCGACGUAUGGUGGGAAAUAGUAAAAAUAGGUCGCCGAACUAAAAAGGUUGAGAACUGCUGGUCUAGUACCUAAAAAAAAAAGUCCUGAUUAUCUCUAACUUCUGCACACAAGCCUGUUGUAGCAGUACCGUUUUCAAGAUCAUUGGAUAAAAUUAGAACUUUCCGAAAAGAGAGAGAGACAUUCUGUUUGAGUGUGAGUUCUGAAAUUUUAUCUUUUCCAAACAUUAGAUGUAAUCAUCAUGUAACGUUGAUAAAACUACAGAAUUAGUGACAUCUUGGUAUUUUGGGUUUAAACCUAGGCGUAGACUUGGAAAUUAGUUGUACAAGUGUAGACUUUAGUUGUACACGUAGGUAUUGCAUAAAGUCCAGUCCACAGAUGUUAUCAAUUUGAUUUAGAUAGGAUGAGAAAAUAGAGGCGCAAAAGACUAUAGUUUUGGGCAGUCAGAAUAUAAUGUCAAAUAUUUACGAGUAUCAACAUAUUUUCUUAAGAUUGUAUAUUCUUUAAAUAUUGUUGUUGUUUUUUGUUUUUUUUUGGAUUGAAUAUGUAUGUACCUUUAUGUUUUCUUUUCAUAAUUACUAUUAUUAAGAUAUUAUUAUAAUGUGUGCUAUAGUCAUCAUUUGUACGUAUGGGGAUUUAUAGAAUUGAUCAUUUAAUCUUGUUUAAAAAUGAACAGUUGAAAAAAAUUUGCAUAACUUAAUCUAGCUAUAACAUCUUUCAUAAUUAAACAUUGUAUUUUAAAGCUGCUUUUUAUAUAGUAAUCAAAGUUUUUCAACAACUUUACAUCAUAAUGAAUAUUCUUUUUUUUUAUGCAAUCAUUCCAGAACAAAAAUGUAUAUAUAUAUUUGCGAUCUGAACCUGGAGUCAGACUUCUCUCCCUUUGCGGUGCCAUUUUGAAAAAAAAACAUCUUUUCUUUCCAUAGUAUUUCUCUUUCUCUACUGUCAUUGUGUUUUUCAUCUAAUGGUUUUCUCAAUGCCAAUUCUGCAUGAAACCGAUGAGACAUGUUCUGACGUGAUAUGAUCUACUCAGAGCAGACCAUCUGCAGAUGUGACAUGGUCUAGCUAUAGUGCUAUGAAACGAAUGCUCUACUAUCCAUUAAAUUCAGGCUGUGGCUUCCUUCAGUCGUAGAACGACUAUGGUUCAACCGAGACCAGUCGUCAUAAAAGGCCUGAACACUGACCUGCAACUUCGCAACCUGUGGGCAGUCUGGACCAAUGACUCGUUGCAACGUCACGGGUUUGUAGAACGUGGCAACGAGCUAUUGGCCUUCACUGCCCACAGGUUUCGACGUCGCAGGUCAGUGUUCAUGCCUUUUAUGACGAUUGGUCUCGAUUCAUCUGGUAGGGCCCAAAUCCGUCAUUCGCCAAGGUGGAUAUUGGUUGCCCACAACCUGUGGGCAGUCUGGACCAAUGACUCGUUGCAACGUCACGGGUUUGUAGAACGUGGCAACGAGCUAUUGGCCUUCACUGCCCACAGGUUUCGACGUCGCAGGUCAGUGUUCAGGCCUUUUAUGACGAUUGGUCUCGAUUCAUCUGGUAGGGCCCAAAUCCGUCAUUCGCUAAGGUGGAUAUUGGUCGUGGUCUGACCGUUGGAGCCCAUGUCUCCCAUGUAGCAGUUCCCACAUCUCCACGGUGUGUCUAAAUCAGGGAUUCACUAAGUCUUCCAAGGGGUCUACAAAAGUGAAAAAGUUAAGGGGUCUACGAAAGGGAAAAGUGAAGGGGUCUAUGAAAGUGAAAAAAGUGAAGGGGGUCUAUGAAAGUGAAAAAAGUGAAGGGGUCUAUGAAAGUGAAAAAAGUGAAGGGGUCUAUGAAAGUGAACAAGUGAAGGGGUCUAUGAAAGUGAAAAAAGUGAAAGGGGGGGGGGGUCUAUGAAAGUCUACGUAAGUGAAAAAGUGAAGGGAUCUAUGAAAGUGAACAAGUGAAGGGGUCUACGUAAGUGAAAAAGUGAAGGGAUCUAUGAAAGUGAAAAAGUGAAGGGGUCUACGAAAGUGAAAAAGUGAAGGGGUCUACGAAAGUGAAAAAGUGAAGGGGUCUACGAAAGUGAAAAAGUGAAGGGGUCUACGAAAGUGAAAAAGUGAAGGGGUCUAUGAAAGUGAACAAGUGAAGGGGUCUAUGAAAGUGAAAAAGUGAAGGAGUCUAUGAAAGUGAAAAAGUGAAGGGGUCUAUGAAAGUGAAAAAGUGAAGGAGUCUAUGAAAGUGAAAAAGUGAAGGGGUCUAUGAAAGUGAAAAAGUGAAGGGGUCUAUGAAAGUGAAAAAGUGAAGGAGUCUAUGAAAGUGAAAAAGUGAAGGGGUCUAUGAAAGUGAAAAAGUGACGGGUCUACGAAAGUGAAAAAGUGAAGGGGUCUAUGAAAGUGAAAAAGUGAAGGGGUCUACGUAAGUGAAAAAGUGAAGGGGUCUACGUAAGUGAAAAAGUGAAGGGGUCUACGUAAGUGAAAAAGUGAAGGGGUCUACGUAAGUGAAAAAGUGAAGGGGUCUACGUAAGUGAAAAAGUGAAUCAGGGGGUCUAUGAGAUGUGCACGUAGGUCUACGAUAAUGAAUCUCAAUUCAGCAGGUCAUGACUUGAAUUUUGAUAUCCCGUUAAUGGAAUGAUUUCAUACACACAUCACUUGUAACUUCAAAUUUUUAUCCUGCAGCUCGAAUUAAAAUUGUUUGUAUUUAAUUUAAUAAAUCUAGUUCAAUAGCUUAA